GUUAGAGUUAAGAUAAUUUAAGGCAAAUUUGAGUCUGAAAAAUCCAUCAAAAGCUGAAACACAAGCGAAGAUAAGGAGGGAAGAGCAGCCAGCAAGAAUGCACGCCAUCUCUGCAUAUCCUGCGCUUCCUAUUCGAGCUUCCAUUCCAAUGGCUACAGUUCGCUGUGCCUCUCGCCUCUCCAUUCCUGUCAACGUUAACACCAUUCGUCCUCGCUUAGCCAGUCCCUUCGUACCAGAGGUUGUGGAAGCAGUGGAUGCAUUGCAUUCAGAGUUCAGGGCUGUGGAUAAUUUGGUUGCGUGCAAUACCACUCGUGUAUUGAAAGCUUUUCAGAAUUCUCGAGUUGGAUCUCAUCACUUUGCUGGUUGCACUGGUUAUGGUCAUGAUGAAGCUGGGGGACGUGAGGCACUUGACCAAGCCUUUGCCGAAAUUUUUGGAGCUGAGUCAGCUAUUGUUCGUUCACAGUUCUUCUCAGGUACUCAUGCUAUCACAUGUGCUUUAUUUGCAUUCCUGAGGCCUGGGGAUGAGCUUUUGGCAGUUGCUGGUGCUCCCUAUGACACUUUAGAGGAAGUAAUUGGGAAAAGGGACUCUGGUGGACUGGGUUCCAUCCAAGAUUUUGGGGUGGAGUACCGAGAAGUUCCACUUGCGGAGGAUGGUGGACUCGACUGGAAUGCGCUGAUGGUUUCUAUCAAACCCAAAACAAAAUGUGCUCUAAUACAGAGAUCGUGUGGUUAUUCAUGGCGUCGAAGUUUGAGUGUUAAUGAGAUUGGGAGGGCAAUAGAAAUAAUCAAAAUGCAAAAUCCUGGCUGUUUAGUCAUGGUUGACAAUUGCUAUGGUGAGUUUGUGGAAAGCAUUGAACCUCCCAUGGUGGGUGCAGAUUUGAUCGCAGGCAGUCUGAUUAAGAAUCCUGGUGGAACGAUUGCACCAUGUGGUGGAUAUGUUGCUGGGAGAAAAAAAUGGGUUGAAGCAGCUGCAGCCCGUCUUUCUGCGCCCGGGCUCGGUAUGGAUUGUGGUUCAGUCCCUGGUGAUAUCAUGCGAGCCUUUUUCCAAGGAUUAUUUCUUUCACCUCAAAUGGUUGGUGAAGCAAUCAAGGGUUCCUUUCUGAUUGCUGAAGUUUUGGCAUCUAAAGGCUAUAAAGUGCAGCCACUCCCACGUGUCCCCCGUUAUGAUACUGUUCAGGCCGUGCAGCUUGGAAGCCGUGAGCGUCUCCUUGCUUUCUGUGAGGCUGUUCAGAGAAGCUCUCCGGUUGGUUCAUAUACCAAACCAAUAGCGGGUACUACUCCUGGAUAUGCAUCUGAGGUGAUCUUUGCUGAUGGAACCUUUAUUGAUGGGAGUACUAGUGAGCUUUCAUGUGAUGGACCUCUUAGAGAGCCAUUUGCUGUAUUUUGCCAGGGUGGCACUCAUUGGACUCAAUGGGGCUUAGUUCUGGGAGAAGUUUUGAAAUCUAUAUGAUGGAGUGUAAAUAUCAGUCACUUAGUUCAUACAAAAUAUUGUUAUGUGGCCUUAAGAGGACAAUGGACAUGGUUCAGGUUGGUGCAAAUGCAAAGAAUAAACAAGUAUUACUUGCACAUAACAAGAUCACUGGGUUCUAUUCUAGAUUGUGCAGGUUUUGAUAUGUAUGUAGUUGUCAACCUCAUUGAAAGAGCUUCUUUUAGAAGUCUUCUUCUCUGGUAGAUUAAUAGCUUGUAAAGGGUUGAACACAAUCUUUUUUUUUUUUUGAAAGAAGGUUGAACACAAUCUUUGAAAGUAAAAUUGGUAACUUUUUUUUAAAAAAGUA